GCGUUUCCGGUGGUCGGCUCCCGGGUCGGUUGCCUCGGCGAUGUCGUGGGUUCCCGCGGCUCUGUCCGUGAAGGAGGCUGGAGACCAGGGAGACGUGUUUGACGAGGACGCGGAUGAGUCGCUUCUGGUACAGCGAGAAUGGCGGAGCCACAUGCACAAUCGAGUCAAAGAAGGUUACAGAGAUGGAAUAGAUGCUGGGAAAGCAGUUGCUCUUCAACAGGGCUUCAACCAAGGCUAUAAGGAAGGUGCAGAAGUCAUUAUGAACUAUGGACAACUCAGAGGAACGUUGAGUGCUCUGCUCUCCUGGUGUCACCUUCAUGAUAAUAGUUCGACUCUGAUCAGUAAGAUAAAUAAUCUCCUGGAUGCAGUCGGCCAGUGUGAAGAAUAUGUGCUCACCCAUCUAAAAGCAAUCACUCCCCGGCCCCAUGUUGGAGAUUUAUUGGACUCCAUUGAGGAUAUGGACCUUUGUCAUGAAGUCCCAGCUGAGAAAAAGAUUGAUGAACCUCAGGAUGAAAGACUCCGUGAAAAUAAUGCUGAGUUUAACAAAAACUGUGGCAACAGUCCUAGCAGGGCAGAUUGUUCAUAUUUAGAAGGCUGCAGAACAAAAGAGCCUGCACAUACUGCAAACCCAAGCCUCACCUGGAUUUUAGAACAGACGGCCAGUUUAGUUACACAGCUGGGAGUCUCCACUGAUGUAUUACAGCAUCUCAAACAACUUUGAAACUCUUCCAUUUCUACUGAAAGUGAUGUUCAAAAUAUUCCUAAUAAGGUAUACAAAAUCUGUGCUGGGUUCUGCAUUGAACAAUUCACCUACAGUUGUCCUUCAUAAAGUUUGAAAUGUCUCCAGUAUUAACACGAUUAAAUGUGGUAUACCCCUCCUUAGUCCCUUGUCACCGAUAGUGUAUUUGUAGUUUAAGAUAGGCUGAGUAAGUCCAGGUGUCCUUGUUGUUUUCAACUUUGUGAUCAAAAUCAAGCAUUUUUAAACUAGCAAAAGUGAACGAGAAUCAAACAUUUUGUAAGAAGUUGCUGCUGCUUUCUGCUUCAGUCACCAUCAGGUGGUUCUGUACUUCAUCACCCAUUAAUCAGACCACAAUGACCAAAAUUAACCUAAUGUUAAUAUUAUAGAUAGGCACAUAGAAAUACAUAUAUGUAGGUUUAUAGAUGUACAGCUAUAUAUUUUAUUUAAUCCAUAGUGGAAAUUGAAGUAAUAUUUAUACUGUUAACUAGAUAUUUAAAGCCAAAAUACUAAUAUCAGUUUGGUGUCAUAUUGAUAUGAAGUAAGGAUGGGCAUGUUUGCAAAACUCAUAAUCUCAGCACUUCGGAGGCAGAGGAAGGAGGAUUGAGAGUGUUCAAGACCAACCUGGAGUGAC